AUGGCUCUCAGAGUUAUUGGAUUGUCUUGUCUUGUUUUUCUGGCUUCAAUCGUAGGCUUCGCUGCAAUGGCUAGAUCUCAGCAGUGCCAGUACAUUGUGAGAGUUAAGACAGGAGAUCGCAAAGAUGCGGGAACGGACUCCGUCAUCGGCCUCAAGUUAACGUCCUCUUCCGGCGAUAGUUUUAUGGUCAACAACCUCCAAAGUUGGGGCAUAAUGGCACCGGGUCACGACUACUUCGAGCGGGGCAACCUGGACGUCUUCAGCGGCACCGGCACUUGUCUCAGUGUUUGUGACAUCACCGUCACAUCCAACGGCGAAGGGAACAAGCCAGGGUGGUACUUAGAUUUCGUCGACAUCACCGUCAGUGGCGGCCUUUCUAGGAAAGUAGCGUUCCCGGUGAACCAGUGGCUGGCUCUGGACGAGUGGCCCCGUCACCUCUAUGACACCGUCAACCUAUGCGCCCGCGCCCCCGCUCCUUUAGUUUGA